UAGUCUGUCUCUGAUGCGCGUUGCGUAUAUCUUUAUAUGAUACUUACGUAUCCACAAAUGUAUUUCCAUUUCUCCUUCUUCCUCUUCGCCAGCGUACUCGUCCCCAUCCUCUUCCUUAUCCUUUAUUUUUCUUGUCUUUCUUUUUUUGUUACAGAAAAUGAAAAACGCCUCAUCGCAGAUGCUACAACGAUUAACGAUGCAGGUGGGUCGAAUGAUUAGCUGCAUUGAAAUAAUGAUGAGUGAUUUCUUCUGUACAUAUGUGAACGUUCUUCAGAGAUAUAAGGGGAAUUAUAUCAUACGUUUCAUUCUGUUGAUACUAUAUAUAUACAUAUAUAUGCAAUUAAUCGUAUACAUAUUUAUUGAUUUAAUUGGAUCUUUUAUUAAUUGAAUUAUACAUUGUAUGUGAGAAUCGUUGUAGCGUAGGAUAAAACGUGAACCGCAAAGGGAUACGACAAGUAGAGAGACCAUGUAGUCACCAUAAGGGAGACGUAAGAAUAAUUUUGAGGUUAAUCACAAAGAAAAUUUGAAACAGAGGAUCUUCGUGGUUAGGUUGUUUGAUAAGUAAUUGUUGGGUGAGAAAUUUGUUUUUUUUUAUUGAUAUAGAUUAACGAUUGUAUGUUUUUUGUGGGAUUAUUUAUCUAUAAUACCUUUUUAAUGUGACAAUUGAAAUUAUUUGCGCUUUUAUUCCGUCGUCGGAUGUUCUACUGUAAUGAUACUUGAUGUACUUUAUGACGUCGUACCGGUUUAUUGACGUACAAUGUCAAUUCGUCAUAAAUCAUAAUUUAUUUCUGAUUGUAAAGGCCGUCUCAGUGAUUUUGGUGUUUUCGAAUGCCGUGGACAUUCGACGUUAUAAUAUCUUGACGGUUAAGCAUAUGGAAAUUGUUAAAUCGUGUUAAUCUCUUUGAUAAAAAUCGUGCGGUGUUUUAAUGAAUAGAAUACGGAAUUUCCGACGAUUAAGCAUAACCUGCUGUUUAGUGGUAAACAAUAGAUUGGCAAUCUAAUCGCGCAGAAAUAAAUGCCACAUAAGGAUAUUAGACAGAAAUAAAUACUUUACAAGUUGUAAGAAUUUCGAGAAAAAGAUUUCAAUAAUAAGAUUGUCUAUUUAUUUUUUUAAUUUGUCAAAAUACUAAACGUACUAUGGCAAAGUCAGUGAAAGUUUCGCGAAUUCUAUUAUUACUAUUGAUAAUAUCAUAUCCUAUGCUCGAGUAUAAUAACCCGCUUAUACAUAUACGUUACCCGCAUCAUAGUACUUGGGGAAAUCCAUUAAUUGCUUAUUUUCAAUGGUCAAUCUGUUCGAUGAUCACAAAAAAUUUCUUGUAUCCAGUUUUCCUUCAUCGAUCAAGAAAUGAUGCCUUUAGCAGUCACUGAUGUUUCUAUAAACAUCAAAAUAGACAUAACUGUAGGAGGUUAUGUUUCAAUUAUCGAAGCUUAUAGUUUUCGUAACAAAUUUGCUAGACUAUCUAAUACGGGAUUUCGUAAUGGACGUAAACAAAUUGAAACUAUGAUUUCUUGUCUCGAUUGGGUGAUGCUGACUGUUGAUAACUUCCUACUUCCUUUCUCUGGCGUAUUUAUCUCAGUGUUCAUCGGUCAAAAAGGAAUUUAUGAAGUGGUCACACCUCUCAUGAGAUAUCGACCUUUAACCUUACUCUUCGUAGAUUUCUUGGUGCCAUUAGGUUCCUGACCUCCAGUAUACAUUUUAACAGUUAACCACAGUUAAGUUCGUACAGUCGACUUCGACUCAUACACCGUUAUCCCCCCGGAAUAACCAGCCUCUUGACUUUCAGUAGAUCCACGAAAAAGACACAAGGAAACCGGUUAAGAAUGGUCGCGGAACCAGAGAGUACCAUUAAAUAUUGCUUUGAUACGGACUGUAUAUUCAUUUCUGUUGGAACAACGGCUUGCCGCAUACGGAAAUUUAGAUAAUACUUAAAUAUUGUAUAUCGAGUGAGGAAGCGUUACUCGAAGUGGAAGAACAUGGCGAAAGAUUAUGAAGGAAUUAAAUGUAAAAUUUAUAAUGCUCAUAGAAAUCCGAUGUAACCAUGUAACUCAUUAUUUUUUUUUAUUAGAAGAAAAAAAGAGCGAAAAGAAAUGUAAACAUUGAUUGACAUAUUACGAUUAAAAUAAUCUUUAUUUA